CCGUAUCUUUACACUUUUAUUUCCUCGAUGGCUGCUACUGAAAACAAACUCGACAGCUUCUUGUCCCACCGUCCUGAAGCCCAGGAACUCGUCGAGAGAGGCAUCAUGAAGGAUCCCAAGGUUGCACCUGCCCUUCAACAACAUAUGGAGGAGCUUAACAAGGCCAAAAUCCAAGACUCGCUUCGCCACAAAAUCGACCAUCGUCCCACACGCGAAGAGCUUGUUGAUCAGAAAAUCCUUGAGCCUACGAUGGGACCUGCGUUUCAAAAGAUGCAGGAUACUUUGGAGAACAAGAUCGGUGACAGACCUGAGCCAGAGAAGCUUGUUGAAAAGGGCAUCUUGUCAGACGUCCCCAAUAAGGAAUAGGCUGGAAAUGAAAGGCUCAACACUCCCCCCCCCUCGCACAUAUCACACGCACCACACCCUCCCCUUCUUUGGCUGGCGGUCUGGAAGAGGUCUUUUGUUUUCCUUUUUGAUCUCGAAUAAAAACAAUCUGCUAUAUCCCUCGCCCUCUCACUUACUUCUUCUCUCUAAACUCUAUAAUCAAGAUUAUUCAAUAUGUAAUGUGUGCUGCCCCAUAUACUGAUGUGUGUGAUUUCAACUUGAAAGGGGUGAGGGAAAGGUCGACGAUGACACCACCACCACCACUACUACUAC